UCCUCACGCACUCGAGAUGCACAGACUUCAGCCCCACCCAGCUCUGCUUCUGAGCUGACUGACGGCAGGGGGCUUGGCCGGGCCCCCUCAUAAGACACAGCCUGGGACAAAUCUCCCCCCCCCCCCUGGAGGCGGCCCUGGUUGUCGUCAAAGCUCAGCAUAUUCCAUGACAUUAAGUUUUCAGUUCGGAAGCUGCUUCGUUGCCUAGGUUUAGGGGGUUUGGCUGUUUCCGUCAGCACUCGGCUGUCCUUUGACGUGAAAGCUCGGGUUUCGGCAAACUUCGGCACCGUUCAGCUUUCCCCUGACAGCGAGGCCUCGGCUGUUUCCGGCGCCGUCCUGCUCUUUCUCCGCUGCAUCAUGGCAGUUCUUGGGAGUUUCAGCGUGUGAAGACUGGAGCCGAGGAGAAGCAAUAGUUGUGGAUACAUGGGAUGAAGAGGUAUCAUAGACAGGGAGCAGCACUGCUGAACUGAACAUGCUGCGCACAGAUAUGAUGUAUCUAGAACAUGAGGGAGGGAAAAUAUGACUCAGGGAACAUGGGCAGGCCUAAGUGACUGUUACUGCCUUACAAUGGACACUCCUACUUUCCCAUUCUGAAAAUGCUUGUUCUGGAGAGCAGUUAGAAAUGAGUGAUAAACACAUACUGUAACUUUCCGAAUGCCAUACCCAGACCGUGGAACAACCAAUAAGUAAAUCCACCUACAACGACUCCUCUUGUCUUUUCAUUUUGCCGCAUGGUCCCUGAAAAGUCGUGGAUUAUGUUUGUCUCACUCUUCCUUUGCUCCAUAAUCUGGUUGAAUCGUGGCUUCAAACUCAGAAUAACAGGCACUUAGAGCCGUGGGCUCCUCCUUUUACACUUUUCCAUUUGAUUUUUUUUUCUCCCCUAAUAAACAGAUUUCAUUAUGGGGAUCCAAAUCAUUCCCUUUGAACAAUAAUGUUAACAACUUUUGCUAAACUUUUCCUGUUGUGUAUUUUACUUACAGUGAGUUAACAACUAUAAUUCUUGCAAAGCCUUUUUUUGUCUGCAAUGCCCUAAAGUGUUUUUGGGCAUUAGGUCAAACAAACUUUUAUGCCCAUCUGGAGUUAGUAGAGGAAAGUACCAAUGACUACCGACGGGUUUCAGUACCGAGCACUCUAUCCAUAUGAAAAAGAGCGUGAAGAAGACAUUGACCUCUUGCCGGGGGAUGUUUUGACAGUCAGUAGAGCAGCAUUGCAUGCCCUUGGCUGCAAAGAUGGAGAUGAGCAAAACCCUGAUCGAAUUGGCUGGAUUUUGGGGGUCAAUGAAAGGACCAAACAAAAGGGAGAUUUUCCUGGAACUUAUGUGGAGUUUGUUGGGCCAGUCCGAAUGUCACUACCAGUGCAUCGCCCCCGGGGACAACGUCCUUUGCCUGCCACUCCUAUUCUGCCCAGGACAGAGCAAUCCAAUUCACAAGGGGAAUCUGUGCCUGAACUGGUUGAUCAGUUUUCCCCUCCAGAUGUUGCUCCUCCAAUUCUUGCCAGAUUGCUUGAAGCUAUUGAAAAGAGAGGAAUGGACAGUGAAAUGCUGUACAGGACCUCUGGUUCGGAGUUCAGACAUACACUACAGACUGAUCUGUCUUCAGCAGAACUGGAAGCUACCGAUGUACAUUCCUUGGCAGAGGCAGUGAAGGUCUUUCUGCAAGAGUUACCAAAUCCUGUAAUCCCAGUUCAGAUCCACCAAGAUAUUAUCCAGGCUCUUCUAGAGACCUCUGAAGAAGAACAGAAGAGAAUGCAAAUUUCCUUAAUUAUUCAACCGCCAGUAGUCCCUUUGCAUCAUGUCCUCACAUUCCAACACAUUCUCAGACAUAUUGUGAAUGUGUGCAAUGAGAGCAGUGGACUAACACACAAGAUGGCGGCAGAGAUAUUUGGACCACUUCUUCUCCAGCCUGUAAUUGCAGGGGCUGAGGCUCUCCCUGACUUUCCUGUCCUUUUACUGGAGUUACUUUUGCAAGACAGAGGUUUACAGAAGGACCAACCCCCACCAGCCCUCCCUCCAAAGCCAACAAAACCCAAACCUCCAGUAGCCAGUGGAGUAGGUGACACUCUACAUGAGGCAGAAUGGUACUGGGGAGACAUUUCUAGAGAGGAAGUGAAUGACAAGUUACGGGAUACUCCUGAUGGGACAUUUUUGGUGCGAGACGCUUCAAGUAAAAUCCGUGGAGAGUACACACUCACGCUCAGGAAGGGUGGAAACAACAGGCUUAUCAAGAUAUUCCACCGUGAUGGCAUGUAUGGCUUUUCUGAGCCCUUGACUUUCACUUCUGUAAUGGCUCUCAUCAAUCACUACCGGCAUGAGUCUCUAGCCCAGUAUAAUGCUAAAUUGGAUACCAAACUACUCUAUCCCAUGUCCAAGUAUCAGCAGGACCAGGUUGUCAAGGAAGACAGUGUGGAGGCAGUUGUGGAGCAGUUGAAAGUAUAUAACAAACAGUUCAGAGACAAGACCGUGGAGUUUGAUACCCUGUAUGAAGAAUACACAAGAACAACACAGGAGCUGCAGAUGAAACGUACAGCCAUUGAAGCCUUUAAAGAAACCAUUAAAAUUUUUGAGGAACAGUGUCUCACACAGGAGCGCUGCAGCAAGGAUUACAUGGAGAAAUGUCGCAGAGAGGGUAACAACAAAGAGAUUGAGAGAAUAAUGAUGAAUUCUGAGAAGCUGAAGUCAAGGGUGACCGAGAUACAUGAUAGCAAAUUGAAAUUAGAGCAAGACUUGAAGAAACAAGCUUCAGAAAAUCGGGAGAUUGACAAGAAGAUGAACAGUCUGAAGCCUGACUUGAUGCAGCUACGCAAAAUCAGAGAUCAGUACCUCUUGUGGUUGCUAGAAAAGGGUGCUCGCCAGAAAGAUGUCAGCGAGUGGCUGGACACGAAGAAUGAUACUGAAGACCCGUACUCCAUGAUGGAUGAUGAGGACCUCCCACACAAUGAGGAGCACACCUGGUACAUGGGGAAGAUGAAACGUGAACAAGCUGUGGAGAUGCUGGCUAGUAAGCCAGAUGGAACUUUCCUUAUCCGAGAGAGUCGUCAGAAAGGUUGCUAUGCCUGCUCAGUAGUGGUGGAUGGUGACACCAAACACUGUGUGAUCUAUAAGACCGUUACUGGAUAUGGCUUCGCCGAACCGUAUUACCUUUACUCCUCCCUGAAGGAACUGGUCCUGCAUUACCAACACACUUCUCUGGUACAACACAACGAUGCCCUAAAUGUCACAUUGUCCUACCCAGUAUUGGCUCCUCCACCUCGGUGAGCCUCUGAUUUCUAGCUUUGAAUCACCUUUACCCACUACAGUAAGGGCUUCCAAGAAUGGAGGUCUUUGGUACUGCUGGAUAUAGGAUGGCCAAAAGAAUUCUGAUAAGCAGCUAGUCUUCUGUGCACCUCUGGCAUAUAGUUAUAGAUCACCUACCUUGUGUGCUUUGAAAAAAAAUCAACCAGAAGAAAAAAAGAUAACAUGGCUACCGCCAUUGCUCUCUUUGUUAAAGAAUAACUUUGGAAUAGUAUAAUAGACAUAAAAAUGUCUCAAGAACUUUAUCAAAGCUACUCAAAGCAGGCAUGCAGGUUAUGUGAAAGGGAUCAUUAAUCACCCAUAAAGCCAGUCUCUGCUGUUUUCUUCAGUCUAUGCCCAAUCCUCUUUUAAAUUUCGAUCCAUGAUUAAAGUUGCAUUCAUUCCCUUAUUUUAGCACUAUAUCAGCCAUGAUUGGCACAAGUGUACCCUGUGCUUCAUGUCCAUAGACGUUGUACUUUUUUGGCAUGUGGGUGCCUGCCCUAUAUUAUAUACCUCACUUUUUGCACUGUGACCUUUCUACAACCUUUCACCUCCACAUGACCCUUAAUAGCUCUUCUUCAUCCCCUUUAUUAAAUAAUCGCAGAGCUCUGUUUUUGCCAUUUAAUAGAUUUUCAUGCAGUUAAAUAAACUAGUGCAUCUAACUGCAUCUUUUUAAGGAACUGGGCACUGCUUGAAUUUCUGAUAUGCUUGAGAUGACAAGGGGGAGAUAAAACCAGACAAAUGAACCCAUCACAAUCUGAAGACCUACGCCAUAGAAAGCACUCCAUUCUCUCUUGUGGUAUGAGAUGUGUACAUUCAAUAUCUGCCUGGGGUUGUGGGCGGAAAAAAAAAGUUGAGGUAGAAAAAGUGAAACAUGAAGAUGGCACAGUCGGCCCAUCUGCAGAGAUUUCACUACGCAGUUUGCUGACUGCUUACACAGAGUGCCUUCAGGGCAGUCGAUGCCAUGCAGUUAAAUAUGGCACCCCCACAUUUUUGCUGCAAAUGUGAAGAGGGAAAUGGAGAUUUCCAUCUAACACAUGUCAUUCUGGGAUUCCCCAUUAAGUGACUAAUGGGGAUGUUCACCUUUUGCAAAGUCCUACCAAAGUGACAGGAUUUUGCAGAGAAACACUUUUCUAACUACAAACAUUUAGCAAAAAUCUUUAAUUUGUUUAAAUGUCCUUAAUAAUGAAACUGAUCUUAUCAGCUUCUGACUUCCCUCUGAUAAAGGGGGUUGCUGGAUGUUCUCUUUAAGACAGAAAGAUAAUUACUUUGUUGUUUAAAGUCUUCUUUAAAAAAAAAUGCCUCUGCAAUUUAGUAAUCGCUCUUUUUAAUGACUGUUUAUUAUGUAACUAAACUAGAAGUAGAUGCUGGUCUUUCUCUGUCUGUACAUCAUUUCUCCUUCAUUCCAAGCACACACACUCAUUUCCUCCUGCCAACUGGACCUUUACCUCUGCGUUUUGUUUAUAGACACAAAUUCUUAAGAAACAAUUUUUAUCACGGGACACGUAAAUCUAAUGACUGGUAUUUCCAACAGAAAGCAAAAGCAGUCUUUUUUUUUAUUUUAUAGAAAAUAGAGAUUUAUUCUUGUAAUGAUUAGGGUCCUUUUGUUAUAAUAUCAAGGUAGUCAGAUGUACUCAAGAUUAUAACACAUGCUGGGCGCAUUCUGUAUCAUGUCAUUAGUUUCGGUGGUCCAGUCAUAAGAGGGGCACGUGGACUGUUUCACACUACUUUCAACUAAAUCACUUCCAGUCCCCCCCACUAGAAUAUGAACAUUGUCUUCAGAACUAUUGGUGAAGUUGCAUGGCCUUGUAAAAGGAGGGGAAGGCAUUAUAUUUCCUUAUUUAGAUAAAUUGAACAAAAGUGACCUUGUUGGCCAUUUGCACAGGCCUUUCUUAAGCUGUAAAAAUGUAAUCCAAAAAAUAAAGACCUGCUUUAUAAAUAUUCCCCACCACCUCCACUCUGUUUGCACUACAGGGGUUACAUUACCACAAUGAACAAUUACAUUCAUUAUGCUCUUUUUGUUGCAUGUUUGCUACAUUUUCUGAACAUUUUUAAGAGGCAAGGAACCCCCUUUUUUAUGUUUUGGAUUCAGUCACUAGGAUAUCAGUUAUGGCUCUGUUAAACCAGUGCUUACAGUUAUGAGAAAAUAAACCACUGACAUUUCAGUGUGAUCGUUGUAAAAAAAAAAAAAAAUCCACUGAAUUGAACUCAGAUAUGGCUGUCCAACUGGUUGAGUCUUGUUGAUAUAUGAAGGUGCUUCAGUUUCCACUGACACACAGCAACCCCUCAGAUUGCUGUCAUUGAGACAUUCUAUAAUUUCCCCUUGAUGAAUUUGAUAAAUACUGGUCAUAAAUUCUGACCACAAAUAAUUCACAUUUGCUACACUUUAUCCAAAGAAGUGGGAAAACCCAUUGUGUCAAGUAACAAACUAUUUGUAAAAUAUGGCUAGCUAGAAUUUCACUUAUCAGACAAAUAUUUGAGGAAGUAUAAGCUAUUUCUACACCCUACAUCUGGAUGUGCCAAUUUUAUUUCUCUGAUACAAACCACGUGACCAGGACAAUUCCCUGUAAGGCUAAUGGCACACAAGGCUGAGAAAAAGUCGAUUUCACCAAAAUUGUGUGCACACAGGUCGAGUCAGUGAAUUUUACACAAAAAGAGCAUGGCUGCAGAUCCACUUAUAAUGGCUUUUUCUCUGCCUUCGUUUCUAUAGCCUCUAGUGCCAUUAGCUUUUAGUAUGCUGCAGUGGGACCUACUCUAGCCACUUGUUCAUUUAAUUUGAAUGAUAAACUUUCCUAUUUUGCCUAUUUCUAGCCUGUAACUCAAAAAAACUACUGGUAGUUAAGCCCCAGCAUGCAGACAGCCGUAAAAAUUCCAAGUCCACGAGCUACAGAACAAAAAAAUUAAACUAUUGAGACAACCACAAAAAGACCAAUUGCACAUUGUCUGCAUAAUACUGAAAGUUAAUUUUAAGGUGAAUUACCACUUUUACCCUUGGGUUCCUUCUGGCACCUACACAAAGUUAAACAAUCCCUUAAGACCUACUGUAUGUAUGUUUCUGGUGUUCUCUGCAUAAAACCCAGUAUCUUUUCUUUUAACUGAAACAUGUGCUGCCCUCUGUCUGACUAAUAUGCAAGAUUCUGGACUUAAAAGACAAGUGUGCACAGUCCUGACAAUUUAUUAGCUUGCAAUAGAACCUGUGGUCAUGGUCACAGAUUAUAGCCAUUUACUGUGACUGUUUUUUUGAGGCCAGAAGAUUGCAAUGAAUAUUAUAGAAAAUGGGCAUACAUGAAUGGCAAUUUAAAGUAUCAUGUUGCCCCUUAUGAGGUCCAGAAGCUGCUUAACACCCACCAUAACAUUUUGCCACAUGGAUCCAAACUUGAUUGCAAGACUUUGUGUUUAGCUUCCUUAUGUUUUGACUCAGAUAGUUGAGGUCUCCUGAAGGAUCAUUUGUGAAGUGUAGGACACCCACAGGGCUAAAGUCGAGACUAACGUGGUAGUGUCCUAGUGUUUUCUCUUUGUUAAGGUGGCUUCUAAAGAGCACACAAGUCCACAAAUAGCUUUGGAUGCUUCUGUAGUUAAUCCAUAUUAUCUACCUGGUAUAAUACUAUAUUACUUUUCAGGUAAAGAUACAUGCUGCAAUAUUAUUGCAUUUUUUUUAAAUAAAAAAGUUCCAGAUCUGGGAAAUUAGCCAGCCAUAUACUUUAGGUAUAGUUAAUAGCAGCCAUAUAGGUAGUGUUACUAGCAGCCAUUGUACUUCUUCAGUGACCUGGAUUUACUAUACUAUAGUAGUAGCUCUCUGCACAUUUUUGGCUAUUUUGCCUUUGUUUCACCUUCUAAAAUAAAUAUCUCUUCUGCUACUGACAGAGAUAGUAGAUCCUGUGCAUUCUGAGGUUUUUGCCUGGGUCAUUUGUCAGCAUAACUUGCCUCUUUUCCAUUCAUGAUGCCAUUGCAUUUCAUGCCGUUUUAAUUACUUUUUAAAGGUGUAUCUCACCUUUGUUUUCUUCCUUCACUACGUAUUAACAUAUCUUUAUUAUAAGCUAUUUUAAUUCUUUUGCAUUUAAAUGUGUUUUUGUAGCAAAUUUUUCUGGGUAUCUCCUGCAGCAUGAGGUAUAAUUGCACUAAAGCUAUGUCCAAGAAGAGCAAGACACAACAGGACAAGGUUUACAGCGUGGUUUUAAGAAGGUGCUUUUGCGUCUGGGCUGGGAGAGGGUUUCCAUUUAUUUCAAAAGGAAGAAGAGGCUCUUUAUUCAGAGGUUAUGAGGCUAAAACCUAACCUAAAGGCUAUAUCACAAUUGGUGUUUUUCAACAGCAAAAUGGAGACCUCUUCAGGUCCUGCACAGAUUUUGGUCAAAAAAAUGCACAUUUCCAGGCUUCAAUUGCCCUGAGCCCAUCACAUGAGAUUUUAAUAUAUGAAGUAGGGAUGCACCGAAUCCAGAAUUCGGUUCAGGAUGCGGCCUUCUUCUGCUGAGUACUUGUGCCUGGCCGAACUGAAUCUGCAUAUGCAAAUUUGGGGAGGGAAAUCGUCACAAAACAAGGAAGUAACAUUUGCACAUUUGGAUACAGUUUGGUAAUUGCCCUAAUCUUUCACAAAGGAUUCGGGGAUUCGGACCGAAUCCCAAAUAAUGGAUUCGGUGCAUCCCUAAUAUAAAGCACCACAGGUCAUUAUCCUUGAGGGAGUCACUCACCAGAUAGUGUGGAAUCCCACUGUGUAGAAAAAUAUAGUGAUAUAUGUACUAAGUAUAGAAGCAAUUAUGUUUAACUCCACCAAAUAGUUAAAAUCAUAGUUCAUUCUGAGGCAUGCAUAUCAGUAAAAGCUCUCUAAAUAGGACCCUUCUCCUUGCUUUCCUUACCCCCACACAAUAAACUGUAGGUCACCCAGUUCUGAGCAGCAUUCAUUUAACACUAUAAUUGCAAUAGGAGUGGGUUGCACACUUGAAUGUUGCAAGGUUGGAGGUGUAGCAUCCUUUUGUGCCAUGAUUUUUGGAACAUAUGUAUUCAUAACAGAUUUAACCUUAUGCUGCUGGAGACCCCUCCCAGUUAAUAUUUGCAGACUAUUAAACAUUUAAAACAUGUAUCUCUAGUGUAUCUCGGCCUAUUCAUUAUCAUAUGUUAAUACUUAACCUUUUGUCUUUUGAAUUAAAGCUAACUGUGAAAACACUCUAUUCUGCGGAGAAUUUGCCUUACUCUGUUCUAUUUGUCACAAUCUUCCUUCUGCUGAGUUUAUAGUAGGACACGGGUUGGUUGAAAGACCCCAGAUGCUCCCUUCUUUAACCUAGUUCUCUGUUCCCUAAUACAUCCUUUGAGACUUUGUCCUAUGAAAUAAGCUGGUUUCACUGUGUUACACGUACACUUUUUUUUUUGCUAUUUACUUUGCCACAGAAAGCAUUUAGCUGAAAGAACUGUACUCUGCUCAAUGUUUUGUAAUCUUCUAAAUCUGUGCGCAUUAAUAAUGUCCUGUGUUGCUUAUUUUUUGUAUUAGAAUUGCUUCGAUUGUUUUAAGCUCAUUCUGUUAAAAAGAAAAAAAGUUUACUAAUGUAAACCCAGUAUUUGUUUUAAAACUGGUACUCUAAAUCUACAUUUUUGUAUGGUACUUAAACAAAUUAAACAAUUAAAAAUC